AUGACCCCUGACAGGAUCACCCUGCAAAACAUGGAGAAGAAGCCUAAUAAGAAUUUUAGGCAAUAUGCACAGAGGUGGAGAGAGGUAGCGAUGCAGGUUCAACCACCACUGUUAGAGAAGGAGACCACUAUGUUAUUUAUUAAUACUCUGAAAGCCCCAUUUAUUACUCAUAUGAUUGGAAGCACUACUAAAAGUUUUGCGGACAUAGUUAUGGCAGGAGAGAUGAUAGAGAAUGCCAUAAGAGGGGGAAGAAUUGAAGGGGAACUAGUCAAAAGAUCAGCCCCAAGAAGAAAAGACAAUGAGGUAAACAAUACAGGUGGUUUUAAUUCAAAAGCAGUUACAGUUAGCCAGCCCAAAGUAUCCACAGUUGGGCAACAAGACUCUCAAAAGCAGGAAUCCAACACUAGGCAUGAGAGGAUGCAAUUUACACCUAUACCUGUGACGUAUAGGGAACUCUAUCAAAAUCUAUAUGAUGCGCAUGCUAUAGCCCCUUUCCAUUUAAAACCAUUACAACCUCCGUAUCCUAAAUGGUAUGAUGCAAAUGCCAGAUGUGAGUAUUAUGCUGGAAUAUCGGGGCACUCAAUCGAGAAUUGUACUGGAUUCAAGAAAGCCGUAGAGAGGUUGAUCAAGAAUGGGGUUUUGAAAUUUGAGAGUACCUCAAAUAAUGAGAAUCCUUUGCCGAACCAUGACAAUCAAGGGGUAAAUGCCACUGGUGAAGCCGGUGAAAAAAGGAAAAAGGAAAAUGUUGAUGAGAUAAGGACACCUAUGAGGGUAAUCUGGGAGGAGAUGAUGAAGAAAGGUAUGUUGACCUCUAAAAAUACGAAAGAAAGAACGUGGGACUAUGGUGAGUGUCGUGAAGAUUACAAAGAAUUCAAGGCCUUGGUGCAAGGCUUCAUAGACAGCAAAGAGCUACAGGUUUAUGAAGGGAAUAAUGAAAUGGGGACACCAGCAGUACCCAAGGUUAUUAUCCAUACACCUACUCCUUUCCCUUACAAGGAUAGCAAGAAAGUACCAUGGAGUUAUGACUGUAGCGUGACGGUGCCAGGAGAAGGAAAUAUAGCCAGUGCAUCUAAAGAUGUACGAGAUGAAGGUUCCCAUGCACGGAGUGGGAAGCGUUAUGAUAUGGGGGACGUAAGAGUAGAGCCCAAAAAAUCCAAGAAUAUUGAAGUCGAGAAAAAGAGUGAAGUACCUGUUAACGAGCCAGUGAGGGAGGAGGAAGCUAAGGAAUUUCUAAAGCCAUGGAUACACUCGACAGGAGUGGUGCCUUCUUCACUACACCAAAAAUUGAAAUUGGUGACAGAUGGACGCUUGAUAACCAUCAAUGCAGAAGAGGACAUCAUAGCAGCCGUCACUAGUAAACCUCCUUAUGUGGAGACAAACGAGGAGGCUAUUGAGUGUUCUUUUCAUUCCUUGGAAAUUGUUAAUGCUACCUUCAUUUCGGAGGGAAGCAAGGUGCCGGUUCCCAAAAUGUCUGGAGCUACAAGGAUGGCCCUGCAAAUGAUAAUGGGAAAGGGGGCAUCACCGGGAAAAGGACUAGGAAAACAGUUGCAAUGA